CGGCGCUCGCCAGUCGAACGACAUUUGUAUUCUUUCAAUUCUCGUCGUAAAAUAUUAUUAUUCAUCUUUGUUAUUAUACUUCAACAAGUACGUGAUUAAUAUCAUCAAUUACUAGUUAUUAUUCAUCUUUUUCAUUAGUGAUAAUCUCGUGCUGAGUUCAUUACCAUUUUACCUCAUCACUCUUUACGAGAAACUAUAAGUUUUCGAAGAAAAUAAUUUAGUCAAAAGAAGUUCCAAAAGCAGCCAAGGCGAGCGUCGAGAUUAAAAGAAGGACAAGAAGGUGUGAAUAAAAAGCAUUUAUUGGUAGUGGUGUAGUGGAGAAGAAGCUUCUUCGGGAAGUAUACAACUAAGAUCAAGACAAUGCAGAGCAACGGCGCGGAAAGCGGAAGUGAGAAUGGAGUAGACCGAACCGGCUGGACGGUUGGUCUGAUUAAUGGCAAGUUUAAAUAUCUUACUGCUGAGACAUUUGGUUUUAAAAUAAACGCAAACGGCUCGAGCUUGAAGAAGAAACAGCUGUGGACACUGGAAGGAAGUGAACAUCAGGUUUUCCUUCGUUCUCACUUAGACCGUUAUCUUGCUGUUGAUCAAUUUGGAAAUGUCACUUGCGAAGCUGAAGAUUCUUCUGAUCCAGGAUGUGCUUUUCAAAUUCAGCUUGCCUCUGAUGGAAGUGGUAGAUGGGCCUUGAAAAAUGUACAACGAGGAUAUUUCCUAGGCUCCAGUCAAGAUGAACUUAAAUGCACAGCCAAGGCUCCAGGCGAGGCUGAAUAUUGGCUUGUUCAUCUUGCAGCUAGACCUCAAGUUAAUCUUCGAUCAGCCGGUCGUAAACGCUUUGCUCACUUGAGUGCAUCGCAAGAUGAGAUUCAUGUAGACGCUCCAGUACCUUGGGGUGAAGAUACUCUGUUCACCUUGGAAUUCCGACCAGCAGCUAAUCCUGACAACGAUGCUGUUGGUCAUGGCAAAUCCGAGGGUGGCCAUUACGCACUUCAUACCUGUAACAAUAAGUAUCUUGCACGUGAUGGAAAACUCUUAGAUUCUUGUACAAGAGAUUGCCUCUAUGCAGCUGAAUUUCAUGCUGGACUUCUUGCCCUCAGAGAUGUUAAUGGGGCUUAUUUGGCUCCAAUUGGCAGCAAAGCAGUACUAAAAACACGCUCUACAACGGUGACACGCGAUGAAUUGUUUUCUCUUGAAGAAUCAUUGCCUCAAGCAUCUUUUGUUGCAGCUUUAAACCAGCGUUAUGUGUCUGUUAAACAAGGUGUUGACGUCACUGCCAAUCAAGAUGAAAUCUCAGGUCAUGAAACGUUUCAAUUAGAAUUUGAUCGUUCAACAAAACGAUGGUAUGUUCGAACAAUGCAAGAUCGUUAUUGGAGUCUAGAAGCCGGUGGUGGUAUUCAAGCAUCUGAUCAUAAACGAUCAUCUAACGCACUCUUUGAUUUAGCAUGGCAAGACGAUGGUACAGUAGCGCUACGUGCGAAUAAUGGCAAAUUUUUAGCUACCAAACGAUCUGGACAUCUCUAUGCCAAUUCUGAUUCACCAAAUGGAGGUGAUUGUGAUGCUUCCAAAUAUUAUUUCUAUUUAAUGAAUCGUCCAAUUCUCGUUUUACGAUGUGAGCAAGGUUUUGUUGGACCCAAGAGUGCGGCAAGUCCUAAAUUAGAGUGCAACAAAGCCGGGUAUGAAACAAUACGUGUUGAACGUUGUGAACGAGGAAUCGUUCGAUUUAAAGGUCAAAAUGGAAAGUACUGGCAUGCUGAUAGCGAGGGGGUCACAGUGGAUGCUGAACAACCAUCAGAAGGCUUUUAUUUAGAACUGCGUGAACCAUCUCGUCUCUGCAUCAAAUGUUCUGAUGGACGAUAUUUGACUGCUGGAAAAAAUGGAGCAUUACGUCUCGGUGAAACUGACUAUGAAUCUGCUACAAAGUGGGAGUUUUAGAGCUUAUCGAUAUCAUUGAUAAUUCAUGAAAAAUUAUCAUUAUUAGUCAUGUUGUGUUAAUAGAAUGCGAUUCGUCAAAAAAUUUUUCUUAACAUUUCUAAUAAGAAUUUUUACAACAAAAAGAUACACAGAAAAACAAGAAAACUAAUUUGAAUAUGUGUCAAAAAAAUUUUUAAUAUUUAUAUUUGAUGACCAUAUAUUUCAAGUAUGAUAUAAUGCCGAAGCCUUUAGCUAUAAGAUUAUUAUAUACCAAUUCAAUCACAUGAUGGUUGUUCCUUUUCUAUAUCAAUUAAUCUACUUUUAUACCAAAUGUAAGAAUUAUCGACUUUUUAUAGCUUCAAAGUGAUUACACGAAAAAUUUUUAUAUCAUCGCGUUUUUACGUUUUCGCGUUGCGAGUUUUUAGCAAAUUGUUUUUUUUUUAUAAUAAAAUUAUUAGAUGGUAAUUCUUUAUACAAAGAGUUUUCAUAAAAAAGUGUCGUCCAAUUUUUUAAAAUAUACACCUAUAAUUUAAUGGAAAAAUUUUUUCAUAAUUUAAGUAUUUCAAGUUUGUAUACACGAGUUAAAAACUUGACUUUUUGUGUAAAUAUAAACAAAAAAUAACUUUCAACUGGGAAGUUAAUAAUCGAUGAUUUUAUAUUCUCGUGUAAUGCUAUCGCUGUCUUAAACAACAAUAAUAUUUUGUAAACCAUUAAUUAAUACAUAUAAUAACGUCAACUGAUCAUGAUGUUUAUUUAUUUAAAAUCAAAUGGUUACUCUUAAACAUUUACCACAAUCGGCUAUAAACAUUCAUGUAUUCAUAUGAUAUACCCAUAAAUACGCCUAUAUGCCUCUGUUGCCUCCGUAUCAACAUAUUGAAAUGACGCUCUGAACUCAUUUGGCGACGUAGUUGCCUCCGAAACGGAGGCAAUAGGUUUUUCCAUGUUCAACCUCACCUAAUCAAAUUAUUUUAACUUGGUACACUGUACUUGCAGGGUGAUUUUCUUUUCUUAAACGCAGGCCGCAUCGGACAGCACACAAUUUAAAGUUUAUGAUACCUACUUUUUUUUUGAAAAAAGUAGAUUCAUUUUUUUGAAAAAAAUGAAAUAAUUUUACUUCAAAACGCGGAGGCGAUAAAGAUAUAUAAGCGGAUUUAUAUAUAUAU